AGAAUGCGUUGCGUGAGAGGCUCACAGCGGUAUUCGCUUCUUACAUGAUCCGGCGUACACCGAAGCAAUUGUUGAUUUUAUAUUGUAAUGCACCGUGUCAUCUAUGUCCCAUAAAUCUCGAUUCAUUAGAUGUUUAUUUGAAGUUAAUUGUUAUAUAACGCCACAUUGGUACUGUUAAUCAACAAAUAGUUACUUAAUUGGGUCAUUUUGACACACACUUGCCUCUAGCUGGACGCCUCGAUGAGCAUAACAAGCAUCCAAUGGUUGCAAAGCCUUUACUUUAGACUGCAGUUGCCAAUUUCUACCUUACGUUGUAACGUCGUCCUCUUUUUAUUUUUUUAAUUAACCGUAUAUUCAUUAACAAUCAGAAAAUCUGUUUUCGCUUUUUCCAAAACACUGUACUGAUAAAAAAGAAUCACUUGUGUACUGCUGCUGACCUUGGCUUGCUUGAUGCUAACUGCCUAGCUUCAGUGCUAACUCGACCUGUCAUUAUUUUUGUGGCUAAAAAUGGAAGAUGAAGUCUACACGGACAUUCAUGGCAAACCAAUAACUCUGGAGUGUCAAAAGCACUGCAGCUUUUGUCGGGAGUUCACUGUCAGCACGCCCAAAGUGUCCAUCGGGAAGGUGAUGGCGUACACCUGCUCCGUUUGGUUAGCUGCCUACACGGCGUUCUUCUUCACAGAAAACACGGCCGUGCUCACGGGCGCCAUCUUGCUCACCCUGGUGGGAAUGAUGGCGCACAUCCACUUGGUGAAGGUGGACCACGAGUCGGUGCUCAUCAUCGGCUCGGUGGGCAUCCAGGUGUCCUCCAGCUACGCCUCGGGACGGGAGACGAGCACUUUCAUCGAGAUGAGCCGGGUCAAGGACGUGGCCAUCAACGAAGCCGUUUACACGCAUCAAAUCAUCUACUACCUUUGCAUACUGCUGAAGGAACCCUCAGCCCCUGACGACAUUUCACGCGUUGUGCCGUUGUUCCAAAGCUCAAAGCCGAGGCUCAACUGCUUGGUUAAAGUGUACAGAAGCUGUCAAGAGAUUCUGUCGAAUUGCUGACGGUGCGCGCGCAGCCAGGCCAGGUCCUUUAUUUUCGAUAUUUACUCCAUUUUUUUUACCUAUUCAAUAAUAAUAAUAACAGGAGCUAUUUUGACAUUUUUUCUUCCCCGUUACUAACUUCAUAAAUACAAUCAUGCAAUAAAUACCCCUGCACAUGUGAUGCAAAAAUAAACCUUUCCUAAUGAAGAUGUUAUUAGACAGUACAGGUGUACCCAAUAAAAUGUUUAGUAGUGGAAUAUUUAUUAUUAAUUAUAGAAUUUUGCUAUUUGUACCACAUGUAU